AUGGUCGUUUUGAACAAAAAUAAUGUCGUGACAAACUCAAACGCGAUUGAUAUGGUGGAAGAAGGCAGAGAACUCUGCAUUUUUGGGAGUGACAACUUAGACUGGAUUCGAGAUUUUAAUGCCAAAAUGAAGUUAAUUAAUCUUGAAAUGAUAUAUAAUGUGAAAGCCAUUGUAGACACAAUUUAUCGAGAAAAGUUAUGCUAUUCUCUAUAUCUCGGUAAGAUGAAAAUGUUUUGGUUUCGACUAGAGGCGAUAAAAAGAUCAGUCGAUCGACAAAACAUCACGGUCCGUUUGGAUGAGAUCUCGUCGAGAGUGGCCGAGCUUUUAAAGACCGGUGGAAAUUGGGCCGUGAUUGGUGGGGGGUUUUCGAACGACGCAAUAAUGAUUGAUCGAGAAAAAAUCGGAGAAUUGUCGAUCGGUUUCCUUUCUGUUAGGAGUGCCUUUGAAACUCCUUUUGGUGAUGGUGGAAUACGCCAUCAUAACUAUGAGAUGAUAAUACCAUUUGAAGAAUGUUUGGUUGAGAAAACAAUGAUUUGUGGCUCUUGCAAACGCUCUUUGGAGAGAUUUGUUGAAAUAAGGAUACACCAAAACAAGGCUGCAAUUGCUGUUUGCCCAAUAUGUCUUAGCAAUUGGAAAGACAUGGCUUUUGGAUGUGGGCAAGUGCUAAAACUAAAAUCGAUCGACAAAACAUCACGGCCCAUUUGGAUGAGAUCUCGUCGAGAGCGAGCGAGCGAACUUUUAAAGACCGGUGGAAAUUGGGCCGUGAUUGGUGGGCCGAACGAUGUAAUAAUGACCGAUGGAGAAAAAAUCGGAGAAUUUCUCGAUGGAUUUCAUUUUUGGUGUAAAAAUGUGGUGCAAAUGGGCUUAGCUGGUGCAGUUAGGAGUGCAUUUGAAGCUCCUUUUGGUGAAGGUGAAAAUUGCCAUCAUAACUUUGAGAUGAUAGUACCAUUUGAAGAAGGUUUGAUUGAGAAAACAACGAUUUGUGGCUCUUGCAAAAGCUCUUUGGAGAGAUUUGUUGUUUAUAAAUGUGAAGAAUGGAACAAGAGUGAAGUUUUGAUUAAUGUGUUGUGUUUGAGGGAAAUAAGGAUACAUCAAAACAAGGCUGCAAUUGCUGUAUGUUUUCAGACAAGAUUUGCAGAAAUGUAA